UGUGUGUGUUGGCCUCAGCGGGAGCGUCUCUGCGCCGAAGAAGGGUGUGAGAAGGGUGUCUUGUCUCGCUCACCGACAUGUCAACGUCCAGAGCCGGUUUUACGAACGAAAAUGCGAGUCCUGCACGGAAUGUUUCAGGUUUUUACCAAGGUCAGUGUACCCCCAUGCCCCUGCCAGCCCUGGGCACACAGAGAGUCACCCAGGGCAAUGGGACCAACGUGGGCACAGUGAUUUCUCGACAGUGCCCAGCCAAAUACAGGCUGGUGGGGGGGGAUCUGAGGUGUGUCGUAAUCACCAACAUCCCCCAGUGGGUUGGGGAGCCCUACUGUGAACCUCUGUCUAUGUUUGAAGAUGUUGGUUUCCGCGUGGCCGUGUUAGUCUCCAUUGUGAGCUCUGCCGUCAUCCUCCUCUUGUCUGUGGCCUUUGUGACCUGCUGUGUGAGUGACUGUAAGAAAAAGGAGCGCAGGAGAAAAAACGAGAGCGAUGCAGAUUUGUGGCAAACGGUGGAGCAGAUUGAGAGAAUGGAGGGCAGGUCUCACUACGGCCAUAAGGGCAGGAACACCAACAACAACAACAACACCAACACCAACCAGGACCCGGCUCUGUCUCUGUGGGAUGACCACGAUCCUGCCCUGUGCAACAGCAAAAGGUCCUGCAGAUGUUGUGAGCAUCACCACGGUGGUCUGACAGUCCCACCUGCCUGCAGCUAUGGCUCAGUUCCUCUUCCUGGCUGUACCUAUGACCAAUCUCUCUUGCACCAAAACUCAAGACUUGACCAGAACUGUUGCAAACUUCUGAAUUCUGUUCCACUCCAGAGCAUCGCCACGCCGCAGCAUCUGGGACCCCCUUGGUCCUCCAGUCAAGCUCAGGGCCCAGGUCCUGUCCAGACUGGAGCAGAAGGGCCCAACACUGAUUUGGUGUGGCAAUAUUUAGGACAGCAGGAGGUCAGUGUGUCAGCACUGAACCCCACAGCCACACAGGAGUCCUACAGGGUGAACAUGAACACUACAAAGGAAAGCUGCAUACAGACUAUAUUUGUGUGAGGAUGCAUAGUGCAUGGAGGAGGGUGGAAAAGGAGCAUGUAACCAUCAGCCAAGGACUUGUUUACUAUUGUCAACUACUGUAAAGAGAAUAAACCUCAUGACCUAAUCUCUUUGACAGCAUCAACUCUGUACGAACAAAGACUAAAGAAAGUAUUUGGGAUUUUUACAGAUCCUGAUCAAUAAUAUUUUCGUGAUUUGACGGUUUGCAGGAUCAUCCGAAGGCUACCAAGAGAUCAGAUGAACUUUUGAUCAGAUUAACUUUUGUGCCUUUUGUAAAUUCUUCUGGCACACUGCCCUCUGUCGGAAACAGAGAGCCACUGCAUUCCCAGGAAAACAGCCUGUUAUUCCAUAGGUAGUCUAUACCUAAAAUAAUUAGAUGAGUUCUCCUCAUGAUCAUUGAAUUGUUUUCCACAUAAUUCGAUAACUAGUGAGGAAAGCAUGAUGUCAGUGCUGGAAAAUAUGUAAAUAUGAUUUUUAAGAAAUGUAAAUAAA